AUGUCAAUUAUAGCUUUGUUAACCCCCUGCAUCUGUGCAAAUGAUCGAGAUGAAGUUUUGAUUAAAAACCUUAUCCCCAACAUUUUUAUAAAUACUUAUUUUAGACUUUUGAAAAAUUUAUUUGUGAAUAUUUGUAAGAUUAUAGGAAUUUCACGUCUAAUUAGAUUGGAUUAUUUCAUAAUUGAUGAUGCUUGCCAAAGCGUUGAACUAUCCUGUCUGAUUCCUUUUGUAUAUAAUCCAAGGCACGCCAUAUUAAUAGGAGAUCCCACCAGCUCCAGCCAACAGUUUUUGGAGAUUACAAUAACUUUACCAGAGGAUAUAAUCGAUCUCUAUAUGAAAGACUUGAAACUCUCAAGCACUUUAUAA